GGAUUUCAAUGACAACCAAAACAUAUGACGAAAAUAAAGAGUAAAAGCAAGUGAUUGACAAAAAUACAACAUUUGUUGUGAUUUUCAGUUAUAUUUACAGACAAAACAAUUAAACUGUUUUGUUAUGUCUUAUCAUUUGAUGACAACAACAGACACUGUUAUUAACAGUUGAAACUAUGGCUGAAGAUAUGAUUCUUCCACUUCUUGGCUAUAAUGGUGACGACGAAGAGGACGAUACAACCGAUAGCGAAGAUGGCAUUGACAAUGAUAUGGAUUUGGACAACGAAAACGAUGGCAAUAAAUCUAACCGACAGAGAGUAGUAUACGACACAACACUUCCGUCUCAACACAAUUAUUUAGGCCAAGACUUGAACGAACUGUCCGGUCGGGUAAUGUUGGAUGAGAUCGUGAAUAUACCCCUUCUGUCACUUCAAAAUGUAGUGUUAGUACCGUCACAGACAUUGCCACUACAGUUACAUCACCCGACAAUUGUAUCGAUGAUCAGAAAAGUGAUUGAAGGUCAGCGCACAGUUGGUAUUGUGGCGUCUUAUGAACCGACUCUGGGAACCACUGCUGAAAUCAGAAGCUAUGCUGACGAAGAUGAUGGCGAAGGAUUGCCUACUUUUAAACUCAAAGCUGAAGGAAGACAACGAUUUAGAGUUAUAAAUACAUGGCGUCAGGACGGAGUCAUUAUGGGAAAGGUAAAAAUAUUACCAGAAUAUGAGUUAACAAACCCAUUGCGUAUCAAAAACCAGUCACCAAAUGGACCGACACUUGCUAUGUGUUCCCGAUGGCCAAAAUGGGUAUAUGAACUCUAUGACGCAAACCUAUUGAUGGAUAAAAUCAAAGUAUAUUUAAAGAACUGGUCAUUUAAUGGCGGACAAAGUCAAGCACCACUCAAACCAUGUGAGUUCUCCUAUUGGAUUGCAGCUAAUCUACCACUCGAUGAUCAACAAAGAUGUCAACUCUUGAAUAUCGAUAGUUCAAUACAAAGGCUGAGAUUUGAAUUAAGUCUACUACAGAAGUAUUCAUAUUUGUGUUGCUCUGAAUGCAAGACAAAAAUCUGUGAAAAAGAUGAUGUGAUUGUUAUGUCAAGUAAUGGUCCGCAGGGAACGUAUGUCAACUCACACGGGGCUGUGCAUGAAAUGAUGACUGUUUCAAAAGCUUCAAAUUUAUCAUUAUAUGGCCGACCCUCUACCGAAAGCUCAUGGUUUCCCGGUUAUGCAUGGACAAUAUGUCGGUGCUCUAGAUGUCAUAGUCAUAUGGGAUGGAGGUUUACUUGUGUAGACAAAAAUUCAAGACCCGAUACUUUUUGGGGUCUGUGUCGGGCAUCGUUAGAACCCGGACUCAAAAUAGAUGACGAACUCCCGUGGAAACCCGUACUUUAAUUGUCUUUUAGUGGAUAAUUAAUUCUCAAUAAAUUAUUGGUACUUUUAAUAUAUCGGUACUGUUAUCUCA